AUGGGAAAACAGAACAGCAAGCUGACCCCUGAGGUGAUGGAGGACCUGGUGAAGAGCACAGAGUUUAACGAACACGAGCUCAAGCAAUGGUACAAAGGCUUCCUCAAGGACUGCCCCAGCGGCAGACUGAACCUGGACGAAUUCCAACAGCUCUAUGUCAAGUUCUUCCCGUAUGGCGACGCAUCAAAGUUUGCACAGCACGCCUUUAGGACCUUCGACAAGAACAGCGACGGCACCAUCGACUUCCGAGAGUUCAUCUGUGCCCUGUCUAUCACAUCGCGUGGCAGCUUCGAGCAGAAGCUCAACUGGGCCUUCAACAUGUACGACCUGGAUGGAGACGGCAAGAUCACCAGGGUGGAGAUGUUGGAGAUCAUCGAGGCCAUUUACAAAAUGGUGGGCACUGUGAUCAUGAUGAAGAUGAACGAGGACGGCCUGACACCGGAGCAGAGGGUGGACAGGAUCUUCAGCAAGAUGGAUAAGAACAACGACGACCAAAUCUCAUUGGAUGAGUUCAAAGAGGCGGCCAAGAGCGAUCCGUCCAUCGUGCUCCUCUUGCAGUGUGAUAUGCAGAAGUGA